AUGGACUCGAUGAAGUCUCUCAACACCUCACUACCAAGCUCGACUCCCCGUACUCAGCCCCCUGAGCAGCUGCUACAGCAAUUCAAAACCGCUGCGCUCUCAGUCACCAACCUCUACAAGAAUGCCGUGUACGCGGAGUCGCACGCCAGGCAGGCAGGCUACCAGGAGGCCAUUGAAGACUUGCUGCAUUUCCUCGACAGGGAGAACCUUGGUCUAACUGAUGGCGAAGGUUGGCGGGUUCGGCAAUGGGCUACGGAGCGAAGUGACGGCAUCAGCCAUACGAGCGAUGAUGACGAGACGGAAAGGAGAACUCGCAGUGCUACUCCAGCCGUGCCACGCAAAGAGACCUCGGAGCAAGAAACUUCCCGACAAACGCUCAAGUCCACCUCGCCCCAGCGAGAGGAACAGGCUUCCACACAGCAACAAGCGCCGUCAACGCCUGCCACCCAACAACCCUCCGAGAUUACCGUUCACGACCGACCUCCCGUUUUUACCUUCUCUGCCGGGCCUACAUUCCCCCAAGCUCAAGAACAAGACAUGGACAUGCAUAAUUCGGACUCAUCCCCAUCUCCUCAGAGUGACGCACCCGUCAGUGUGUCAGUUCUGUCCCGAAAUCCCCGCCAGCAGAACCGUCACGGCAACCUGUCCCGUCCAAGCCCUCGAACCUCGACACGCGACUCUCCGGUAGGAAUCGGCUCGAAACGGAAAAUCCAAUUCCCAGACUUCUUCGACCUGUCCGGAAUGGGGAAUAACCGGGAUAUGUUUGGAGGCGGCAAACGCGGCCGUUUCGCCUAG